AAUCCUCGUCUCUUUCAAAUCACCUUUAUAACCACCUCAUUGCUGGUGCUAUUCUCUCGACCACUCUACGACGCCUUCAUCGAAGAAUCAUUUCCAGCUCUAGAGGAUUCUAUUAAAUUCAAAAAACGCGAGUAAUGGAAUCAGUACGUAAGGCUAAACAACGUUUACGCAACUAUCCCAUACUCUUAGGAAAAUGUGCCGAAACGGCUACGGUCUAUGCAGCCUGUGUAAGUCGUGAUUUGAAUGUACAACAUAAAACCUGUGACAAAGAGUUCCAACUGUUUAAGGAAUGUCUACAAAAGGCAGCACAUGAAAUGAAAACAAAAUUAUAAAGCAAUAGAGAGAAAAAAUUGCAAUAAACACUCUUAAGAAAUUAUAAAA